UGUUCUUUUGGCGCUAGACGAGAAGUUGCUUUCUGAUUUGGGCUCCAAGCCAACGCAAGUGGAAAAAAAGAAACAGGAGCGAGUUGUUGAUGGACGACCACAUUGGCUGGGUGUGUCCGGAACGCAGACUAGCGAGGGAUAACUAACCUAAACCCUAACUGAACACUGAGGGCAGGUUGAUGACAUGUCUUCGACCUUCGGCGUCCUUGACGAGCCGAAGACGAGCGUGCGCGGCCGUGACGGACGGUAGAGCGCCGGACAUGGCGGAAGGAAAUCCUCUGUUGCACGUGUCAAAUGUGCGAAACAGGCUGAGAGAAAUUGUGGGCGCUUCCACCAACUGGAGCGACCACCGGCAAGCCAUGGCGGAGCGCGCGUCGCUGUCGUCCAUGUUGGCCAAGUCGCAGGGCGAGCUCCCGGCCAAGAGCAUGAAAGAGAGCCUCCUGGAGGUCCACCUGCCGCUGGGCUCGCAGCCGCAGCUGCGCGAGAAGUACCUCACCUUCCACAACACCGUCAGGUUCGGACGCAUCCUGGAGGACUUGGAUAGUUUGGCAGUGCUGAUUUCGUACUCGCACACUUACAACCCCGCCCUGAAGAGGUCGCCGUUGUCCAUCGUCACCGCCCUGGUGGACAAAAUAGACAUGAGGCAGCACGACAUCUAUCCCGACGGCGACAUCAAGUUCAGCGGUCACGUCAGCUGGGUGGGGAGCACGUCCAUCGAGGCCAAGAUGCACAUGACGCAGUAUCGGAAUGGCGAAUAUUCACCGGUUCUGGAUGCCACCUUUGUCAUGGUUGCUCGCGAUCCGCAGAACAAGAGGGCAGCUUUUGUAAAUCCUCUGCGUCCAGAAGGCCCGGAAGAGGAGGAACUCUUCCGCCAGGGAGAAGCCAACAAAUCGCGCCGCGUGGAGCUCAGCACCGCGUCCCUCCUUAAGGUGGCGCCCACCGCCGAGGAAAGGAAGAUCGUCCACGGCCUCUUCCUAAACACGCUGGACAAAAAGACGGUGAGCUUCCGCAGCCGUGUUUUGCCUCCUGACUCAGUGUGGAUGGAAGACGCCAAACUCAAAGGCUUGGAGAUCUGCCACCCGCAAGAGAGGAAUAUUUUCAACCGGAUCUUCGGGGGCUUCCUGAUGAGGAAAGCCUACGAGCUGGGCUGGGCCAACGCCUGCGCCUUCGGGGGGUGCCGACCCGGUCUGGUGGCCGUGGACGACAUUCUGUUCCGCAAACCUGUGGAGAUCGGAUCCUUGUUGCUGCUCUCCUCGCAGGUGUGUUACACGGAGGGUAAGCACAUCCAGGUGAGGGUUCACAGCGAAGUCUUUGACCCGAUGAGCCGCCAACACGACACCACCAACGUCUUCCACUUCACCUUCGCGUCCGACCGCGACGUCCCCAACAUCGUCCCGCAGACCUACGGAGAGUCCAUGCUGUACCUGGACGGGAAACGGCACUUCGACCAAGCGGUGGAGCACUGACGGCCGUAACUCCUUCGCGGCUGCGGAUGGUUGGUUCAACCGGAUGCAACGCCAGCGGCGCCAAAAAGUUGCAGUCUUUUUGAAGCGGAAGAUGUUUUGUCGCUUCCUUUCUUUUGGACUUCCUCUCUGAUGAUGUUACACUUCCCAACAAAGAUUGUUACUUCACACACACACACACAAAAAAAAACUUCACUCUGUUACUGUUUUUUUUUUUUUUUUUUCAA